AUGCCUGAAGAAGUACAUUCUUCUGUGGGAACGAGGCAGUCGCCUUCUUUGACCCCUGAUGAAUUACCCCCUUCAUAUGAAGUCGUCGUUGAAACAGAUGAUACCAAUUUUGAGAUAAGUAGCGACAGCGAAGGCGAGGGAGAAGAAAUCCCUUUUAUCUCCAGGCCCACCAUAACUAAUACAGGGUUUGGCACUAGAAGGGUGCCAAAUUUACCUAGCUGGAUGUUGGAGCAUCAUGACUUCGGGAGACCGGCAAGUGCCACGAGAUCAAGAAGAGAAAGUGAUGCUGAGCAGCAAAGGGGUAGUUCCGACCAUGGUACUCCCAGAAAUUCUGAGGAACAAGAACUUCACCGAGAGAUGGAAUUCUUCGAGGUACUUGACCCUGAAAAUCCUUCUGUCUCUCUCCCACAUACCAUGUAUGUCAGAGCCAGCCAAGUUUCGAAGCGGUUUGCUCAGAAGAUCAGCUCAUCCUUAAUAAUACCUGUACAGCAGAUGAUUGUAGAUCCUGUCGCAAAGUUCUGGACCCAUUUAAAUGCCAGAAUAGACGCCGGUCUUGGAAGAUUGGGUAAUCCAUUGAUGCUGCGACGGCUGGCAUAUCUGAUUAUUGUAUCGGCCACGGUUUUUGGUGCUAUCGCACUUGGAAUUGUACCUACCGAUUCAGGAUUUGGUAAUGGAGAUGGUCUCUUUGGACAUGGCCGGUUCCACGAUCAUCGCAAAGUUAGAACUUAUAUCAAAGAUGCGAUAUCAGCAGAGUCUCUACGAGAUACUAUGGAAUAUAUGACAUCAAUGGCCCAUAUGGCUGGCACGUCUGGUGACUACAUUCUAGGUGAGCACGUGGAGAAUUUAUUAAAUAGCUACGGUAUUGGGCCUGUAGAAUUUAACACAGAGCAUGUAUACUUGACAUCAUCAAAUUCGACAGAUUCGGCGAUGGAGCUCAAACUGAUAGAUUCAAACGGCAAUGUUCAGCAUGAGGCGAAAUUAUAUGAAUCUCAAGCUUUAGAUCACCCGACAGAGUCUCAAACUCAACCACGACCGUUUCAUGCACUAGCGGCGUCUGGGAGCGGAACGGGCCAUAUAAUAUAUGCCAAUUAUGGAACGAAAGAAGACUUCAAAUUUCUCUCUGAGAAAGGUGUUGAUAUCAAAGGUUCGAUAGUAUUUAUGAAAAUGGGUCGGAUGGCCCUAGGGCUGAAAGUUAAGCUGGCGGAACAGGCAGGUGCAGUCGGGGUCGUAACUUUCAGUGAAAAGUUGCAAAAAGAUACAAAACUUUGGCCCGACGGUCCAGACUAUUCCGCAGAUGCAGUAGAACGGGACUCUGUGGGAAUUUCUGCGAUUUAUCCGGGUGAUAUCCUGACCCCUGGAUGGUCAUCUUCGAGGACACCGCAGGUUAUCGAGUAUAAAGAAGCUCGGAACGUUCCUAAAAUUCCAAGUAUUCCGGUGUCUUGGAAUAGUGCAGAGCCUUUUCUUAAUGCCUUGAAGGGCCAUGGGAUCCAUGUGCCAGAUUGGGGAAACAAUGGCCAGCCAGCAGGCGUCCAAGAAUGGUGGACAGGUGAUAAAUCUGCCCCAACUGUAUUUCUGAAGAACGAGCCGAUCAUUGGUGAACGUCAUGAGAUUUGGAAUGUACUUGCACGAAUCGAGGGACUUGAACAGUAUGAUAAAGCUGUUAUCAUUGGUGCUCAACGAGAUGCCUAUUGUUAUGGCAGUGUGGACCCUAUGUCGGGUACAGCCAUUCUACUCGAGGUGGCCAGAAUAUUUUCUACUUUAUAUACUCAGUUGGGCUGGACCCCAUUGAGACCUAUUUAUUUUGUCAGUUGGGAUGGCUCUGAACAUAACAUUGCUGGGAGUACAGAAUGGGUGGAGGCCCAUAGUGAGGAUUUGAAAAAGGAUGGACUAGUGUACAUUCAUCUUGAUUCGGCUGUUUCUGGUAAUAAUUUGAAUGUCAUGGGACACCCACUCUUUGAUGGAAUAGUGAACAGUAUUUUGAAAGAUAUAAGCGAUCCAAUUGUCAAUACCACUUCUGUUGCAGAUUCCUAUGGUGAUAGUCAUAUUAAAACAAUAAAAGAUAUUGGGGAUUAUCUUCCAUUUUUAUCGCACACAGGAGUUCCUGCAAUCACUAUGAGAUUCGAAAACAGAGAGUCUACUUUUCCAAAACAUAGUUGUUACGAUUCCUUGGAGUGGAUGAAAAAAUUUGGGGACCCAGAUUUUCGGUAUCAUAAGGCAUUAACAGAAAUUGUGUCAUUUUUGGUCCUACGCUUUGCUGACGAGCCUGUGAUUCCAUUUAAUGUUGCUGCGUAUGGAGAUCAGUUGCAUGGAUAUAUACGAGAUUUGGAGAUAUAUGCUCGGGCCUCGCCAGGAUGGUCGGAAAAUGGCCAUAAAAUGGACUUCAAUAAACUAGUUCAUGCAUCUGAUACAAUGAUUCAGGGGGGCGUAUACUUUAACGAAUGGUUCAAUGAAUGGCUUAAUAUAGUCCCUGUGGGGGAAUCACCAAUGAUGACUGGACAUAGAUGGGGUUGGAAUAAUCGACUGUUAGAGCUGGACAAACAUCUUCUAGAAAGGAAUGGACUUCCUGGUCGUAACUGGUUUAAGCAUGUAAUAUUUGGACCGCAGCUGUGGCAUCCGACCACAGGAGACUAUGAGUGGAGCACUUUUCCAGGAAUUCGAGAUGCAAUUGAGGCUGGCGAUUGGGAAACCGCAGUACAGGAAGUCGAACAUGUGGCAGAAAUGAUAUCGUUUGCCUGCAAUCGUUUUGUACAGUAG